AUGCUGGCAGCAGCGCUGGUGCUGCUGCCAGUGGCACUGGGGGCACCCUCAGCGGCAUGCCCGGCUUUGGAGCAGGGCAGUUUGCAGGCUGAGGAAGUGCAGCACACGCAUUCCAGUGAGCUGGGCCCGGUCAGCAGCGGCGAAAGUUGUGAAAAGUAUCUGAAUGACCUGCCCCCGCUGGUUGGCAGGGCCAACAGUUGUUCUAGCAGCGCUGCCGUGAGUGAUGCGCCUAUGGUGGCAAAAGUGUCCAGUAAGUAUUUGAUCCUGGAAGAGAUGAGACACCUGGAGGUGGAUUUCGAGAUCACCCGGGGCAUCCAGCUACAGCAAGCGCUUCGCAAGCCAGGUCUUUGGCUCUGGCCGAGCCACUACCGUAACACAGAUCGUUCAUCCGCAUUGUGGCAAUCAAUGACGACGGUGAGAAGCUUCGACAUUUUUUUGUCGCACACAUGGUGUACUCCUGGCCGCUGGAAGAUCCUCUCCUUGCUCAUGCAAUUUGGGUGGCCCCAUGCCCUGACCUUCUGGUCGAUUGGGGUCUCGGUGAUGGCGUACUUGCGAUGGCAACUUCUGGUCCCCGGCUGGGGAAACUACAUGUUGACGUCCCGAGGGGUGACCUAUGAGUGUUCACACAGCCCUUGGAUCAUUAUUUCCGGCUGGGUGUCCCUGGUCAUUGGCCUAAUGGUGUCUCCCUAUUUGCCAUUGAGGACCACUUUCUGCUUCUUCGAUAUCGCCAGCAUCCACCAGAGUGAUGAGGACUUGAAGGAGCGAGGCAUUUACAGCAUAGGUGGCUUUCUGUCAGUGUCAAACGAGCUUCGUAUCCUUUGGAGCCGGCCGUAUUUUUCGAGGCUUUGGUGCCUGUUUGAGAUCGCGGCGUUUCGGAAGGCCAAUCCCCGUGGGCAGAUCGUUUUCAAGCCACUCUUCGUGGAACGAGCCGUGGCAUUUCUGAUUUGCAUGUUUUUCCUCUUCUCUCUGACUGACAUGGUGCUGUCCAUCUACAUAGAAGACGACAGGGAGCUCAAGAACCUCUGGUGGGAGCUAUUUGCGGUGUUUUCUCCCGUUUUCCCGCUGGUGCAUGUAGCGCGGUGCAACUACCGCGAGAAGGCGCGGCUGCUGAAUGAUUUGAAGCGGUUCGAACUGGAUGAUGUGUCUUGCAAUUCCUUCUUCGACACUCGUUUUAUUCAUGCUGCCAUCGACCAUUGGUAUGGAAGCAAAGAAGCCUUCAGGGACUUUGUGCGUGGGCCGCUGCGGGAAGAGCUGCGGGGCACAUCGAGACAGUUGGAUCCGUCUUACGUGAUGAUGAGCAUUAGCAGUACCGCCGCUUGGUUGGUCGAGACCUCAGUGGCUCUCAAGCAUGGAGGCGCCGAUGGCCUAUCGAUCUUAAGUUAUGCCCUUUGCUGGAGCUCUUUCGCGCUCUUUUGGGCCUGGUCACUACUUACUGGCAUCAUUUAUCUCAGUGAGAAGACCUCAGCGCCUUGCACUACACGCUUGGUGGACUGGCUUUUGACCUGCACGGUGGCCUCAGCAGCACUAGCAUGGACGGGUGUCGGAGUGGCUCUAUGCAUCGUGGUGAGCCAGGCGAAGACAAUGUGGGCACCUAUUGGACUGUUCACCUGCUCGAUGUCUUUGCCCUGUUUAGGCCAAUGGCUUGGACACUCCUGGCCCGCAGCUGUGUGA